CGUGACUUGCUGGCACUAGCAGUGUUCGUGGUGGCGGUGACUGGUCACGGUCGAGUGCUGGGACCACCCUCAAGGGCAUCCAUGUGGCGCAGAGGCUUCCCCACCCAGCCCAACUACGACGACGAUGGGCUCAACUGCGGGGGCUUCGGCAGGCAGUAUGAUGGCAACGGUGGAAAAUGCGGUAUAUGCGGCGAUCCAUAUGACGAUGAUGUGCCUCGACGGCACGAGUUCGGCGGCCAGUUAGGUCAGGGUAUGAUAGUGGACACGUAUGAAUCAGGCCAAGUGAUCGAAGCAACCGUCCAAAUAUCGGUCUACCACAAAGGUUACUGGAUAUUCAAGAUCUGCCCAGAUGUCCGUAACGAAAAUCAGGCAUGCUUCGAUCAGUAUCCCCUCGAAUUAGAAGAGGGAGGCACCAGGUUUUAUCCGCCACAUGGAGGGUUUUUUACGGUGAAAUAUCGUCUGCCUAAAGGAUUAACUUGCGACCACUGUGUUGUGCAGUGGAGGUACAUCGCCGGUAACAACUGGGGUGUUUGCGAGGAUGGAACGGAAGCCGUGGGUUGUGGAAACCAGGAGAACUUCGGAGCAUGCUCUGAUAUCACUAUAAAGCCUGGUGCUGACAGUGCACCCGUUGAAGCGGUUGUCCCUGUGCUGAAAGUAAACGGAAUCGACAAAGGUUUGCUUGAGCUACUAAGAAACGUGAUUCUUAGAGUACCGCCGAAGAAAUACUACUCAAAACCCAAUUUCAAGAAGAAGAAAAACCACCGACAGCCGCGAAGGAAAAAUUCAAAACGAAAAAAGGUAUCCCGUUGGCCAUUCGAUUGAAAAUUACGUCCAAGUUCUGUGUGCCAAAAGGACAAGUUAAUUAAUAAUUAAUACUAAUUUAUUUACUUCUGUGCACACGAAUAUGUUUUAUAAGAAGGUAAGGCCACGGUUAGGUGUGGAAUACGGAAAGAUGCUAAAGUUAUGGCAGCCAAGCAAAAUAUCUUGAUUUUAGCUACUAAAAGUAGAGACUUAAUCUUCUUAAAUCCUCUGGCAAUAAAUAAAACAGAAAUUCAUCAUCAUCAACAACCCAUAUUCGGCUCACUGUUGAGCACGAGUCUCCUUUCAGAAUAGAGGGCAUAGGCCGGAGUUCACCACGCUUGCCCAAUUCGGAUUGGCAGACUUCACAUCCGUAGAGAAUUAAGAAAAUUCUCAGGUAUAUGGUUUCCUCACGAUGUUUUUCCUUCACCGUUAACUCAAAAGUUGGAGGUGCCCCUCUAACACUUCAAUAAACAAUAAUUGCAAGUAUCAAACUGAGUUAUUCCAAUAUUGGCACUAUAACUUUGGGAGUCUUUUUUUAUACUCUAGUUAUCAACGCAGGAGGUAAAAAUAUCGCAUAUUUUCCAAGUGUUUCCCAAACACAUUUAAUUCUUGCUUCUCCUCAAAAAAAUACAUGAUAAUAUACUCAGAGGCACAAUUAUCCGCC